AUGAAAGCUGCCAUUGGAAAAUCUCCAGGGCUGGCUGUUGUUCUGAUAGGAAAAAGGAGGGAUUCCCAUACUUUUAUCCUCAUCAAGUUGAAAGCUUGUGUUGAAGUUCGGAUUGCAAGUUGGGUGGGGGAACUCCCUGAUGACUGUACAGAGGAUGAAGUUCUUGAUGUUGUUUCGAGUUUUAACAGGAACCCGUCAGUACAUGGCAUUAAACAUCUGGACGAGGAAAAGAUUAUCAAUUUUGUAAGUCCUGAGAAAGAUGUGGAUGGUUUCCAUCCGCUCAACAUCGGGAAUCUUGCUAUGAGGGGAAGGGAGCCCCUUAUUCAUCCCUUAGGCAUCAUACAACGGUUUAGCACCGUACAACCAUUUACCAGGGUCCCAGAGCAAAUAACUUGUGAAGCUGACAUUGUAGUCUCAGAUGUUAGGACACCUAACAUAGUUCGAGAAUGGCGGCAUAAGUUUGCAUUCUAUCACUUGGAGAUUGACUAUGCUGACUGUGACCUUAAUGGCUGUUAA